AUAAGACCCUGUAAAACCAAGUCUGCUAUUUUUAAUUUACUUGGUUGCGUUCGAUCUUCCCACAAGGUUUUAGGCGCCGAGAGGUGAUUGUAAAAGGUAACUUCAUACUUUGUCUCGGUAUUGUCUUAUUUUCCGGUCUUUCCGAAUCAUGAAGUUCAUUCAAUGUAUCUGUGAAAAAGACUAGUUAUCAAUUGAGCCCAUGUGACUACACACAAUCAUGCUGAGACCAUGUAGCGUAUGCAGGCCUGUCCUGUCUCGGUAAUUACUUAAAAGGAACGGUACAAAAUAAUUUCCUAAAAUGGCGGUUUAUAACACAAAUGUGAGGUGUGUCUCUUUUGUAGUUCUAGCAGUAGAGUUAAGUUCCCAGUCAGAAAAAAGUCAAUUUUCCGUAUUUUUAAAACUGUAAACCAAAACAGUGUACCUCUGCAUCUGAAAGAUAGCACGCGUCCAGGCAAUAUAUUAAAGGGAUGGGGUUACUUCCCCUUAAUCGAUCAUCUUACCUGGUAACAUAUAAAGAGCGAUUGGUUAAUUGCAUUAAACUAAGGUUCCGCUACACAUACAAAGUAACAGUUAGAAAUAAAAGGGUAUUUUCUUUCUCUUGCAGUUUUCUUUGUGGUUUGAAAAUGCAGCAUUUAGAUGAUAAGGUAUCCAGUUGGUGUUAAAGCAAAUUAAUAAUUACUUCCUGUUAUUAAAUACUUAUGAGACAAAUGAAAGAUGUUUCCAAAAGUUUGCCGAUCAAAACAUAAAGUAGGGUUUAAUGUGCGGAUAAGAGCAAAUAUUCCUAUUUUUAGGGUAGCAACCAUUUCGCAAUAGCUGUUAGAAGGCUACAUAGUGCAGUUGGCAUAGAAAUGACUUGCAUAAAGUGUUUUGCUACCCAUUGUUUAUGUUACUUUGGACAAAAAAAUAUUGAAAUCAAUUAUAUAAAAAUAAUUAUUAUCUAAUGCCAGUAUUUCGUGCUAUUAUCUUUAUCACUGAAAUUUGUCUCAUCUUAAUGUUCUUUUAAAAUAUUUCUUUGAUCGCCUUACAGACUUAAUUGAUCUAUAUUAACGGUGACAACAUCUCUCACCUGUGGUUAACGAUAGGUCUUUUAUUGUUUGAUAAAUGGCCCAAAGAAUUAGGUUCAUCUCAAUCGUCAAAAUGCGUACUGAUUUAUUAUCCAGUAUUAUUAGUAUCACGGUGAUCUACAUAUUUUGGCGAGUUUAGAAGAACAAUUACUCGACAUAUUUUACAACUAUUAAUCCCUAUCUUACAAUGUAUUCUGACUUAAUAUUUAGACUAAUUUGAUACACAAAAUUUGAUUAAACAGUUCCGCAUAAUAAUAAAACAAUGCCGCCUACUACAUAUUUUAGCGGUUUUCUUGGAAUUGAAGGAAUACGAAAGUCAUUUUUAUGUUUUGUUUAUUUUCAUAUAUUUAUUUUAUUUGCAAAAUGCCAAACAUAUGAGGACACUCGAGCAGUGCAUGAAACAGUAAUAAACUUUUAUGCCAACGACAAAAAACCACUGACCGGUGUGAUACCAGUUGAGGACCAGACGACAGCAAUGAGCGUGAUACUGACCAUGCAUCUGUAUUCUGUGGACGGCUUCGAUGCUGUUACGGGUCAAGUUGAGAUUUCUGGAAGUUUAUACAUCGAGUGGAAUGACGAGACGAUGGCAGCUUCUGUCGGGAAUUACAGUUUCCCAUACAGUGAAGAAGGAUACUCCGUUCGGCUGCCGCAAGAUUCUGUCUGGAGACCGUCUGUCCGUUUGACGAACGCCAUUGAUACGGUUAAGCACGUGGGUGACAACGCAUAUAAAGUCCGUUACCACGUGUACGACGGAAGAAUGAUGUGGCAACCGAAGGUGAUAAUGAAAGCAGCUUGCAAACCGGAUGUUGAAUAUUAUCCAUUUGACCGUCAAGAGUGUAGCUUUGUUUACACAGUCUGGGGUUUUACGACAUCAGAAAUAGAGCUUGAUAGCGCUCAGUCAGAAUGGUACCUUUGUGAUUACAACGCAAAUUCGGUUUGGGCUCUUCUUGAAACACGGGUCGAAAGUUACAUAACUGAUGAUCAGUCAUACAUGAGAUUCAUCUUCAAAAUUGAACGACAACCGUUAUAUUUUGUGAUAAAUGUUAUAUUUCCCAUACUGCUACUAUCUUUAUUGACUGGUUUCGUUUUUCUACUUCCGGUGGAAAGUGGAGAACGUGUUGGCUAUUCGCUUACAUGUUUCCUUGCCUUUGUUUUCAUGUUACAAACUGUGAUGGGAUUUUUACCCCACACUGCUGAUCCGAUGUCUUUAUUUUGUUUUUAUGUUAUAAUUAUGAUGGUCGUGAGCAUAGUUGCAUGUAUUAUGACUGUUUUAAUGUUAAGACUUCAUCUGAAACCGGAAACGGACAAAGUUCCAAGAUGCUUGCAGAAAUUUGUGCGUUUUGUAAGCUGCGGGCUAUGCAAACCAAUAUGGCGGAAGUGUCGAAAAAAGUGCAAAAGAUCUGUUGAUGACUACCCUGUUUCAGAAGCAGUAAAUACUGAAAUCAGGCGAUCAUCGGUGUUGAUACAAAUGACAGAAUUUACUAACUUCCAGUCAACGGGACCGUCAAGCAACAGCUUGGAUACUUAUUUCAGUAACGCGGGUAGAAAUUCAGGCGACGCCGAUGAAGAAAAUGAGAUGGAGGAGGAGGAAGAUCUGAAGUGGCCCGAUGUUACACGAGUGUUGGACAUCUUUCUUUUCUUAGUGUUUCUUGGAGGACAGGUGACACUGUCCUUCUUUUUCCUAAUUCCUCUUGUCACAGGACCCACUUAAAACAAGAAUCUGCUUGGCAUUAAAAAGCAAUAUUACAUGCAACAUUACAUCAGGUGAAAGGACAGAUUUCUACGCCAUAAAAGAAUACAAUAGUUUCCAGGAAUCUUUCAGAAACGUCAUGAGAAAGUAGCUAGUAAAAUGUUGUUGUUCGUAAGCACUGUACUGUUUUCCAGUGAGUUUCUUUCUCUAUGUGAUUAUGAGAAAUAUUACGUCGAUAGCUUUUUAUACUGAAAUCGGUUAGCGUUAACCCUUAUUAUGCUGGACACGAUUGAUUCUGCCUUUGCGACCAGUGUAGAUCAUGAUCAGCCUGCACAUCCUUACAGUCUGAUCAUGAUCUGCAAUGUUCGCUAUUCAGCCAGUAUCUUUUUGGUAAACACCUUUUUAACAGAUAAUGGUACUGUCCAAAUUGGGAGAUGGACAAUUCAUUAUAGAAAUUUAGCAGGGUAAGGGUUAAAUCUAAUUUUUUGUAGUUAUUUCUCCUUGGUAAAUGCAAUUUUCUUAGUGUUUCUUGGAGGACAGGUGACACUGUCCUUCUUUUUCCUAAUUCCUCUUGUCACAGGACCCACUUAAAACAAGAAUCUGCUUGGCAUUAAAAAGCAAUAUUACAUGCAACAUUACAUCAGGUGAAAGGACAGAUUUCUACGCCAUAAAAGAAUACAAUAGUUUCCAGGAAUCUUUCAGAAACGUCAUGAGAAAGUAGCUAGUAAAAUGUUGUUGUUCGUAAGCACUGUACUGUUUUCCAGUGAGUUUCUUUCUCUAUGUGAUUAUGAGAAAUAUUACGUCGAUAGCUUUUUAUACUGAAAUCGGUUAGCGUUAACCCUUAUUAUGCUGGACACGAUUGAUUCUGCCUUUGCGACCAGUGUAGAUCAUGAUCAGCCUGCACAUCCUUACAGUCUGAUCAUGAUCUGCAAUGUUCGCUAUUCAGCCAGUAUCUUUUUGGUAAACACCUUUUUAACAGAUAAUGGUACUGUCCAAAUUGGGAGAUGGACAAUUCAUUAUAGAAAUUUAGCAGGGUAAGGGUUAAAUCUAAUUUUUUGUAGUUAUUUCACCUUGGUAAAUGCAAUUUUAUGUUAUAUUCGAGUUCUGAGUUAUAUCUUUUGGGUACAUGGACAAAUUUUGUUUUAUCAUUUCUGAUAUUGCGUAAGUAUUAACCCUUCCCUGCUAAAUUCUUAUAUUGCAAUUGUACAUCUAUCAAUUAUGACAGUACCAUUAAAUGUUAAAAGGGGUGCUUACCUUAAAGAUACUGACUGAAUGACGAACGGUGCAGGUCUUGAUCAAACUGCACGGAUGUGCAGGCUGAUCAUGGUCUAAGGCAGAAUUAAUUGUGCAUGAUAGGGGUUAAGUCUAUUUCAUUCUGCUACAUACUAUUUAAACGAUAAAUGUCACUCGAAGUAUUAUUAAGUUUGUCCACAAAUAAUCUUUUUAAAUAUCAUUAUCAUUGUUAUCAUUAUUAUUACUAUUAUUAUUUAUUAUUAUUAUUAUUAAGAUCGUAAAAUAGAUAUAAUGAUAUGAUUCAAAAACUAUUUUAAUGUCGACAUAUCAUUAAAACUCACUUUUCUAUAAGUACUAGUAUGCCAAACUUUAUAACAUAAGGUCAGUAAUUCUAAGAUGUGACCAAAAAAAAUGUACUUGGCAUGCCAUUGGGAAAAAAAUAAAGAAAUAUAAAUGAUGCAUCUCUCUAAUUACUGAAACUGUCAUUUUCUAAAGCUGAACACAUAUACCUGCUCAUACAGUUGUUAGUGUUGAUAAAUGUAUAUACAGGUUGUAAAAAACGAAACAAAUAAAUUGAAUAAGAGGGUUUUUUUUUAAAUAAAUGUACAUGUGCAUGUUUUUGUGAAUAUGUAUUAGAUUAUGUAAUAUUUAUUCAUAAUUCAUUACGAAUUGUGACCAAACAGCUGCAUUACGCUUUAUUUUAAAUGUUUACUUAGAUUGUCGAUAUGUUGUCGGUAUGUUUAUCAACCUGUUUUGAAGAGAAAGAAUAAUUAGGUAGUAAUCGAUGAAAAUAAACUGAUUAUCUUUGAUCAAAAUGUCUUUAUUGGUUAUGAUGUAUGUUAAGCUUUAGCCUACUGGCGGCAAUUGAUUGUGCCUUUGCGACCAGUGCAGACCAAGAUCAGCCUGCACAUUCGUGCAGUCUGAUCAUGGUCUGCACUGUUCGCUAUUCAGUCAGUAAAUUGUCAGUGAACACCCCUUUGAAUAAUAAGUGGUACUGCCCAAAUUGAGUGAUGGACUAGUCCAUUUUAGAAAUUUAGCAGGGUAAAAGUUAAGGAAAAGCAUACAGCAAUAAAAUGUCUUGCGUUUCAUGUAACAUGCAGUCUUAACUUUUUCAAUAGCUUGUAGCAAUGUUUAAUGUUUGGUUAAAGUAAAAAUGUUUUGUUUGCAACGUUUCUGAAAUAAAUUUUUAAUUGAAAA